UGAGAGUGGGGCGACCAGCCCCAGCCGCGGCCGCUUGUGACAGGGGCUGGAGAGGGGUCGCCGCGCGAGGCUUCUGGUUUGAACGCCGACUUUGGGGACUCCUCAGGAGAAGGGAGAGUAGGCCUUUCCUUUAUCAGGCCAGAGAUGCCUCUCUUUGGGAAUAUAUUCAGUCCAAAGAAGACACCUCCUCGGAAAUCUGCUUCCCUCUCCAACCUACGUUCCUUGGAUCGUUCAACCAGGGAGGUGGAGCUGGGCCUCGACUAUGGAACCCCCACUAUGAACCUGACGGGGCAAAGCCUGAAGUUUGAAAAUGGCCAUUGGAUAACAGAGACAGGGAUCAGUGCAGGUGUGGACCGGAGGGAGGCUCAGCGCCUCCGCAGGCGGAACCAGCAGUUGGAGGAAGAGAACAAUCUCUUGCGGCUGAAAGUGGACAUCCUCCUGGACAUGCUCUCUGAGACCACUGCUGAAUCCCACUUAAUGGAGAAAGAAUUGGAUGAACUGAAGAGUAUCAGCCAAAGGAGGAAAUGAAGACCCAGAGACAUGUGUCAGGAGACCGGGGAGAAUCCCACUGACCAGGGGAGAGGAUGUGGCUGAGUAGUUUGUUUUUUUAGCCAAACCAAUGGGUUUGGUCCUGGAUGAGAACAUGAGAAGGCACUGGCACUCCUGGGCUGGCAGAAGGUGGUGCAUGGAGGAAGCCAAGAUGCCAGGCCAGGGCAGAUGCUGGGAAGGCCCACCAGGCACAUUGCCUAGGGAUGCCACACCACAAGCAGACCCGGGGAGCUCUGAGGGCAGGACAAGCCUUUGGGUGCCCUCCACACGUGAGCAUACAGCUACCUGCAUCCCAGUCAUUCUGUUGGACAGACACUUUGGGGAGCAGCAGCUGGAUUUCAACAUCUCAUCCCCUUAUACUCACCAGUUCCAACGAGCCCGAUAUCCAGGGGCCUGGGAUGAGCAGCUCACUUGGUUCUCUGGCCUGCAGGCCACCUGCCUUCAAAGAAUGCUCAUCCCCCAACCCGUGGUCUCCUCUGGCUUCAGCUUCCCAUCAUCAAAAGCUAGUCCUCAUGGCAACACUAUUUUUUGUGCUAUCUUCCUGUCUACACUACUUCUUUUUAUUAAAUAGUGUUAAAUGUCUCUGUGGCCAAAAUGACUGAAAAAAGCAGCCUCUGUUCCUCAAGAAGUACAUGAGCCUGGAGUCUAAUCUUGUUCCACUGAAAGACGAAAUUUUCAGGGUGUGGGGAAACGGCAGCGUUCCAGCUUUCCUAGGCCCGAGUGGAGGCUAACCUGGAGAAAUGGUCUCUCUCUGCUCAAACUGCCCUCUUGGCCAUUUUGCCUUGGAGAAAUGGGACUGGCUGGGACAAGGCAGGGACUGGUGGUUAACACAAGAAUUAGUGUGUCGGCCUGAGCUGGACUUGUGGAGGGGAAUCAGCUCCUGAAGUGAAGCAGUUGGCAACAGGGGGGGGUGCAGAGCAGGGGCUUACACCUGGGGCUGAGGUCGGCAGAUCUGGACCGUCACACUCCUGGCCCUGGGUUCAGCACACUGUCUCAUCUCCCCUCAGCCUGUGAAGCAAGAACUGCUGGCACACUCUAGCCAGCAGAGUGAGGUGGGUGGACAGAAGAGGAUGGUUUCUAGCUCUAGCCUAAUCUCACUUCCUGAUACAGGAGAGAAAGUUUAUUAGAGAUGGAUACACACACACACAGGGUGUAUGUUUUCAAGGAUAGAUUAUAGGAGGAACUAAGAUUGUGUGGGUCCAGUCCUGGAUCUUGGGCAGCCUUUCAAUGAGCACCCUCCAUCACAGACAUCUUUUUCUCAUUCUUGUGACCAUUCAUUAUUCAAAUUUAUCAGGUUUUUUUUUUUUUUGCAUUUUUUAAUGGUGCAUUACGGGACUUGUUUUUACAUAUUUGGACCUGCACACGAUAAAACAAUAUGGUUUUGCUAAUAUCGCUGCCCAGCACAUCUCAUUUUUUAGAUAAAGAAACCAGCCUAGCAAAGUGACACAGCUAGAAGGGAUGGAGCAGAACUGAAAGUUAUGGAAUCCUGGGGCCUACUUGGUCAUCAUGGUGCUGUGGGUCCUUCUAGCAGCAUCACCUGCAGCACCUUAGGGGCUAAUCCAGGGACUCCAGAACUCCCUGUGGUAUGUGGGGCAUUGAAGGCCUUAGGUUGAGUGAGGAAUGCUGUGAUCCAACUGGUAUCUCUGGCUGUUGUGUGCUAAAAGCAUGCUGAAGGGGGCCAGGUUGGGACCAGCAAGGUGGCCAUAGAGGAGGCGACACAGUCAGAUUCUAGAUAGGACCUGCAGUGAAGCCAAGUGUUUGCUGAUGGGAGUUAGAGUGUGAUGUCAAGGAUGAUCCUGUUAAAAUAAAAAAACCACCCACAUCUCAUCACCCAGAACUGUUUCCUUCAGGAAAUUUUUUUUUCCCCUUUUGAGACAGUAUAUUUUUCCAAGAUCUUACCUUUUUAGUCAGGUCCUUCAGGUUCUGGCUAAAAUUCUUCCCCUUUAGAGCCUUUCUUAACCAAAUCUAGCAGUUAUGGGGAACCCAAGUAAAACAGUGCUAGCUCCUUGACACUGCCACUUUAAUUACUGUAACAAUUUUGUGAAUUUUUGUGUGAACUGAAUUAGGGAAGGACUGUCAUUGAAGAGCUAAAAUAGAAAGUUCUGUGGUCAUGAGCAGUGAGUGCAGUAUUAGAGGCAAUAAUUAGAGGAAAUCUUACAGUGUGAGUCCUAGAAGACAGUCCAUAUGCAUCAUUAUGGAGACACAAGCUAAUGUGCUUUUUCUUUUUUUUGAUACUGGGGAUUGAACCCAGGGCCUCAUGCAUGCUAGACAAGCACACGACCAUUGAGGUACAUCCCAGGCCUAACAUGCAUAUUUAUGAGAGGGGCGUACAACUUUUAUAAAAAUUUCAAAAGG